GAGCUCAUUCGUAAGAUAUCGUGGGAAUCUAGUUUGACGAAUCAGAAUCUUGAUGGUGGGGAUAAGCCGACGAAUUGGGCUUCUUUCUUCAACGUCAAGCCGAAGCCGAAGCCGACCUAGCAUUCGCUGCCUGUCCCAACAAUUCCCAUUCUAGACUUUGAACCAGCCCAUGUCGGAGUCAAAGCUCUCGAUUUACGGCUUCGGAUUACUUUGAUACAAUCUUCUCGUACAUGUCGUUCUUACUCUCGGUCUCUCGAUGAACGACCAUACGAACCCGCCACUGCUUCUUCGCCGUAACGGUCGGCCUCAAGCGUGCGAUCCCUGCCGUAAACGUAAGCUAGCUUGCGACCAUACGCGGCCGAUUUGUAGUCGUUGUAAGAAGAGAAAGCAGGAUGGCGAAUGCGUGUAUCUCGUGUCGGGCUCAAGGAUAUCGACAUCCAAGAGUCCACUGCCAUCUCCGGCGCCUUCCACACCGCUCCCGUCCCCUCAACGCGGAAGUCUUCAGCACCCUCAAAAUAGCCCGGCUUUAACACCUGACGCUCAGGUUUCAGGUCUCACUCGACCUGGCUACCUCGGCCCAACCAGUUACUGUAAUAUCUACGAAGACACCGAAAAUAGCCUCUCACUCCUUCAGGGAUCAGACAACGUCGCUAUCCAAUGCGAGAGCGUCGCUCACCAUGCUCCUAUGGAAGGCUCCCAGACUAACAUGUCUGCUAGAGUUCGUGAUAUGGCCCUCAAUGUGCUACAUAAUAUACCCGAUCCAAUCCAGGGGAGUGUCCUGCGCUUCAAGCACGGUAGUGACGGCUGGAUCCAUAAUAUUGCAGAGCGAGCGGCCAAGUCAUUAUACGAGACUUUCGGUGAUUAUUUCAGCGCCGGAAACCGACCGACCGCUAAAUUAGAGGAACUCGCUCGGCUUAUCUGUGCCAAUACAUUGAGGCCGUUUUCAGACGACGAAUCUGACCCGGACAAGUGGUUUGGCCAAUUUCUGGGGAAGAACAUACGCUGGGAGUUAAUAGGAAUACUCUCCAUAUUUUGGGAGUUUGUUCCCGGUUCAAACACAGAAUUCUGGAAGGGGAAGCGCUCUGCGGAGUUUGACCGUGGAUUCCGCAUAGCAAGGGAGAAUAUGCACCUGAGCCUCGAUUUGUGUAAAGAAUUUUCCGCCGGAAACUCUAUGAUGCUCUGUUUAAGCCAGAGAUGCACUGUUAUGGAUUCCAUGUCUGUCGGAGAUGCCGAUUUAGUUGUAUGGAGAGCUCACGCGGAGACAAUUUCCUUGCUUACUUUCCUCGGGUUUCACGCCGUAGAAGAAAAGGGUCGACUUCAAACAUCCUUGUCGACCGAGAUAAAGAAGAGGUUUUUUCAUCAUAUGUUCACUAUGGCCAUGGUUGUUGUCUCUUUCACCGGAAGACCCCCCUUGAUUAGUUCUCGGUACUCGUCGACGCCUAUUCCUCUUGAUAUUAGCAACGAAGAUUUAUUCUCCGACCACGGCACUUUUAUGAAAGCUAUUUCACGUCUGGAUGACGAAGGUUGGAAUACCGACGGGGAAAUAUAUCCUUCUACUAAUAUUCGGGCCCGAGCAAUCAUCGCAGUAAUCCGCGAAGAAAUAUUCAAAAUUGCUCUCGACCAUAGACAAAACGCGUUUCCGAACGCAUUUUCUAUUGAAACUCUGCUCCAACUUCGAUCUCGCGAACUUUCAGCAGUUGCUGCAUUCCCUUCGUGCUUGCACUUCGACCCUCUUGAUCUUGAUAACCCGGAGGUUCCCAUCAAUCACCUAUCUGCAAGGUUAUUUAUACAGCAAGAACAUUUACAGAAUAUGUUUUUUAUCGAAAGACUCUUGCUUCGAUUAGGCCAUCAAGAUAAGGGCGAUUUAUUGAAAGUUAGCUACGACCUAGUUACUCAGACUUUACCUUAUUAUCUGCAUUUAGAUAGGCUGUCAUCUUUCAGGAACGACUGUGAAUGGCUUGUCAUGGCUUACGCUGUUCCUGCCGGUGGUAUACUCUGUUUAGAACUUCUAAAGCCCACCCUCCAUUUGAGGCCCCAUAGUGACUCUAGAAUUACUCGCUCCAACAUCAUCCAGAAGUUGAGUCUCCUUGUCGCAUUUCUCGACUGGGUCAGUCCGUCAGCGCCGAACGGAGAUUUAUGUAGCGACGCUAAAUCAGUAAUACAACGCGUUCUCGACCAGACAUUAAAUGCUGUAUCGAGCAUAUAUGAGCCUCCCGCGGUAUUUCAGUGGGAUUCAUCAACACAACUAGACUUCAAUUUUGACCUCCUCGAUACGUUCGACUGGAAUCGCCCGGACUUCCCUUCAAGUCAGCAGUCAAAUCAAUAAGGCGUUCGACAUUCAUGGUCUUACAACUUAUAGUAUGCCUAGAGAAAAGCUAGGUACCUUUCAUGCCAUAAUGUUUAAUAGGAGGUAGAUGAUAGAUGAUCUAUGAAUUAGAUUUAGGGCCGUGCGUUGUAAAGUGCUAUGUACCAUAGCGGAAAUGGGGGGUUUUAGAGAACGGUUCUUUUUAGGGAACGGUUCUUUAUUAAAGAACGGUUCCUUGUUUCCAGGCCUCUGAUUGGUCCAAAUCCGAAAAUAGUGGGCUUAAACCUUAAUUUUUUGGACCUAUUUUCUAGUUGCCGUUUGAUAUGUGUAAAACCGUUUCCUUUUAAAGAACCGUUCCUUUUUUGGGAAGUAUUUUU